GCCUUCGGCCUCCUCCGGCUGUGCUCAGGAGUCUGGGGCACAGACACAGAGGAGCGGCUGGUGGAGCAUCUCCUGGAUCCUUCCCGCUACAACAAGCUUAUCCGCCCAGCCACCAAUGGCUCUGAGCUGGUGACGGUACAGCUCAUGGUAUCACUGGCCCAGCUCAUCAGUGUGCAUGAGCGGGAGCAGAUCAUGACCACUAAUGUCUGGCUGACCCAGGAAUGGGAAGAUUAUCGCCUCAGUUGGAAGCCUGAGGAGUUCGACAACAUGAAGAAAGUUCGACUCCCUUCCAAACACAUCUGGCUCCCAGAUGUGGUCCUAUACAACAAUGCUGAUGGCAUGUACGAGGUGUCCUUCUAUUCCAACGCCGUGGUCUCCUAUGACGGCAGCAUCUUCUGGCUGCCCCCCGCCAUCUACAAGAGCGCCUGCAAGAUCGAAGUAAAGCACUUCCCCUUUGACCAGCAGAACUGUACCAUGAAGUUCCGCUCCUGGACCUACGACCGCACCGAGAUCGACCUGGUGCUGAAGAGCGACGUGGCCAGCCUGGACGACUUCACGCCCAGCGGCGAGUGGGACAUCGUGGCGCUGCCGGGCCGGCGCAACGAGAACCCCGACGACUCCACGUACGUGGACAUCACCUACGACUUCAUCAUCAAGCGCAAGCCGCUCUUCUACACCAUCAACCUCAUCAUUCCCUGCGUGCUCAUCACCUCGCUGGCCAUCCUGGUCUUCUACCUGCCGUCCGACUGCGGCGAGAAGAUGACGCUGUGCAUCUCCGUGCUGCUGGCGCUCACCGUCUUCCUGCUGCUCAUCUCCAAGAUCGUGCCGCCCACGUCCCUCGACGUGCCGCUGGUGGGCAAGUACCUCAUGUUCACCAUGGUGAGUGAAGACUGGAAGUAUGUCGCCAUGGUGAUCGACCGCCUGUUCCUUUGGAUCUUUGUCUUUGUCUGUGUCUUUGGCACCAUCGGGAUGUUCCUACAGCCUCUCUUCCAGAACUACACCACCGCCACCUUCCUCCAUGCAGACCACCCGGCUCCCAGCUCCAAGUGA